AUGGAGGAUUUUUGGAGGACCACCAAAUCAAGAUUAGUUAGAAAAAUCAGAAAAACACCAAAUGAAGAAGAAAGGCUUAAAUUGCGCCCUAAUAACAUCAAAUCAAUUCAGGAUUGGAAGAAUUUCCUAUGGGAAAGGACAAGUGUAGAAUUUAAGGUUGCUUUGCAGUCAACUUAUGGAAUCCACACCUUUAGAGUUGAAAGUAUAGCACAUGGAAAAGCUGCACCUGUAGAUGAGUUGCAGGUGCAAGGGGUUUAUAACCCUGGGCUUCUGAGGAAGAUCAUUGUGACUGAAGCUUCCAAGGUCAUACAAGAUGUUGGUAGAACUCGGAGAUCUGCUGCUCAAAUUGGUGAAGGGGAAAGUAUGGUCCGCGUUGGAUCUUCUGCUGAGGGUCCAGCUGUUUUCAGAUCACCAUCCAAAAGUUGGAAGAUCGUGGGUUCCCCACGUUAUGCUUCAGUUGAGCACAGAAGUACACGCGCUACGGAUUUGAUGCUACAUAAACUCGAAGAAGUUAGCAAAUCAGUAAAGUAUAUGCUUUUUCCUUUGCACAGAGGGCAACUAUAA